AUGAACGAUAUGCAGAACACGAUUGGGGACUUUUCGUCCAUAUUUGCGCCCCAAAAUAAAGAUAAUACCUUGGCGCUCAAGAUCCUCUUAGACGCGAUUGUCAUGAUUACCGCUAUUGGUUCUUCCUAUGCUUGGGGAUUCGCCUUCAUUGAGGCAGGUAUUGUGGCAAAGGAGUAUGCUGGUAUAAGCAAGGAUAUCACCAAUGCUGCCGUCAACUCAUUCGCCCUCGGUGCUACCAAGGAUAGCUUGAGUUCCACUGCAAAUGUGUUGGGAACUCAGAACACCCUCUCUGCAGCUCUCGGGGCAUUCUUCGAACUGUGGGAAUCAAUGGAGAGUGAAUACGUUAAGACCCUCUUUGACGGUUCCAACGAUGCCGAUUCUAUAGUGGCCCUGCAAAGUCUGAUUGGCGCAGGUGACUUACUUGUGCUUCCAUCGAACCUAGACCUCAGCGGCCUCACCGGGCAGGCAGAGAAGAUCUUAUACGGCCAGCUGAUUCCCGCAGGAUGGUCUGUUUCUCCCCAGAAUCUUCACCCUGUGAUCCUCCGCAAGCCAGGUAGCUGCAGCGUAUCUCCUGACUCGGAUAUGCUUCAAUAUAUGGAUCAGGAUACCCUCAAGGGCGGGUAUGUCUGUUACAAUGGCGACGCUUUCUACGUUGUCAAUGCCGAAAUUUCAGUCCAGGGUAGUGACAAUCCCACGUAUUCCUUCACAGGCCUUCCUGGUGGUACCCAUUCCCAACUUAAUGGAAAUUCAUGGGGUGGUGUGAUCCUAGAGGACAUGGUGCAGAGCUCCUACGAUGCUUACACCCUGAACGGUGACCAGAAUGGCUAUGUGAUGCCAUAUGUCUCCAGUAUUAUUGACGGCAAAGGCACAGAGGGUGACGUUGUCUUCCAGAAUGGAAUCCGGACCCCCGGCUUCUUCAGCCUGCCCAUAUGUGAUGAUGUCGAAUCUGCUGUUAGGAACACAAUCACGAGCAGCCCCUCCGCAGAUCAAGGAACAACUAACACCUCUGCUACCAUCUAUGCCCAGUUCGACGGCAGCGAUAAACUCGACUACAUGGUGGUUCCCAGAUGCGUGCUUAACGCUACAUGGCCGCGUAGCUAUGGCGAUGUCUACUUUGGCCAGAAUAACUGCCUCUACGACUCGACUGGCACGGUAAUCAACGGCCAGUGCUGCACGGAGAAGAACACCCAGUCUGUGGUCAAUCCAUACUAUGGCUAG